GGUCAGGGGAGCUGCGGGAGGAGAGUGGGGUGGGAGGGGGCGGAGGGUCUUGGGGUAUUGGAGCUGAGCUGGGGGCUGAGGGUACGAACGAGGCCUUCACCCGCCAGGAGGUUCAUCAUAAAGGGGUUAGAACAGCACGUGAGAAAUGGCUGCCAAAGUGUUUGAGAGCAUUGGGAAGUUCGGCCUGGGGUUGGCUGUUGCAGGUGGAGUCGUCAAUUCUGCUCUAUAUAAUGUUGAUGCAGGACACAGAGCUGUUAUCUUUGAUCGAUUCCGUGGAGUCCAGGAUACGGUGGUAGGAGAAGGAACUCAUUUCCUCAUCCCCUGGGUACAGAAACCGAUCAUUUUUGAUUGCCGUUCUCGCCCACGUAACAUACCUGUCAUUACUGGCAGCAAAGAUCUACAGAAUGUGAACAUCACGCUGCGUAUCCUGUUCAGACCCGUGACUGCGCAGCUACCCCGGAUCUUCACAAGUAUUGGGGAGGACUAUGAUGAGCGUGUCCUGCCCUCCAUCACAACUGAAAUCCUCAAAUCUGUUGUGGCUCGCUUUGAUGCUGGAGAAUUGAUCACUCAAAGAGAACUGGUCUCCAGGCAAGUGAGCGAAGACCUCACAGAGAGAGCAGCAACUUUUGGCCUCAUUCUGGAUGAUGUGUCCUUGACCCAUCUGACCUUUGGUAAGGAAUUCACCGAAGCAGUUGAAAUGAAGCAAGUGGCCCAGCAAGAAGCAGAGCGAGCCAGGUUCAUUGUGGAAAAGGCUGAGCAGCAGAAGAAAGCAGCUGUUAUCUCAGCUGAGGGAGACUCCAAAGCAGCUGAGCUGAUUGCCAACUCGCUAGCUACUGCAGGUGAUGGCUUAAUUGAGCUACGCAAGCUGGAGGCAGCUGAAGAUAUUGCUUACCAGCUUUCAAGGUCUCGCAACAUCACCUACUUGCCCUCUGGACAGUCUGUUCUCCUCCAGUUGCCGCAGUGAACCUGGCUCUGCAGCCACAGCUAAUCCGAUCACCUUUACCUGCCAGUUCAGCUCUUUGCAGAAAAAUCAUUGCAUUUUCCUGAUUGGGUAAAGCAGAGAAAAUGAAAAUUCAACUGAUUUAGGAUUCUUUAAUAAAACUGAACAUGCUUCAGAACAAA